ACUUCAAAAUUGCGGCAGGUGAAAAUUCCUUUUUAGUAUUUAGUCAUAAUCUUCAAUUAGUCGUCUCCACCGUCAACUCAAUCUUCAACUAGCGGCACCAUCAUUCCCCGACUACCCCAUCUCGUAAAACCCAGUUCUCCUCACUGGACCUAGAAACAGAACACCAAGAUUUCUGUGUAAACCCAACGGAAGAGAUGGGUUCAUCUUUUCAAGGCCUAAAUAAAACAGGAAAGACGGUGUACAGGGACAUUCUGAAAGCAGUCAGGAAACACAUAGGAAGAGAAGAGCAUAAAUCCCAUUUCACCGAUUUCAUCAAGCAAGAAUUCAGGAAUAAUAUCAAUUCAGAGAAGCCACAAAAAUUGAAGCUUGCCUAUGAUUACACAGUCUAUCUCAACAGUGUCCAUCACCACAAGGAUCUACUGUUUUCAUACAACAUUGCAGUGGAUAGAUCUGAUGAGAUGAAAAGAAUACUUGGAAAAUCAGCCGCAAGUGUGGGUCUCAGGCUUCCCGAUGUCUAUCAGUCUUAAUAAUCAGAAUUGAAUUUCGCGGCAACGUUGUCAAGGGAUCAGUGUGAGUUUACAGGGUAUGGUGGUUUAUCUAGUAACAGGUUAUUGGCAUGGCAUUUUUACAAUGAACUAAAAUUCAACAAUACUUUGAGAUAUAAAGGGCAGAUGAAUUUUGUGCCGUAUCUCGACUUUGCUCAAAUAAAUUUUCUGAAUAAUGUUCCAUGUCUACUCUGAUCAAUCUUCUGCCACUUAGAACUUUAUUGGCUGUUCACGAUUUCAUUCUUUAUUGUGUCUAGUGUCAAAAUAGCAUCUAGUUUCUCGUUGGCUGAAAGCAGUGACUCGCAUGAUUACGUGCAUGAGAAACAACCUUUGACUGGACAUGACACUUUUCUGCAAGUUUUCCUGGCUUCCAUGUCUUGUAUUUGUAGUUCGUUGGCCAAAAGGGUAAUGCUUGGGAGAAAGAACCAACACUCGAUCUCUGGAAUGUUUUAUGGCUGUAAUUAGAGGUGUCAACCUUCGCAACCGAUUGAAAGUUUAUUCCAACUCGAAUUGAUUGAGUAAUGGGGAAAAGGGGCAUGAGCAAUUGACUAGGGAGGAUGACAAUGAAUUAUCGUUCCAGACAGUGACGGAGGAUGGUGUACAUAUCCUGAACAGUUCCUGUACAUAUAGAUCUUAGCGGCAGCUGUGAUCGCUGUAGCUAGUUGGACAGCAGGAGUUAGAAUGGAAAGAUAUCGCUUUGCAUAGAAUCCAAGCCGAACUGUACAAAUUUCAUAGGUCAAUAUCUGCUCAGUCCCCAUUAGCAGCUUCAGCUCUGAUUCGGCACCCCUAGGGGUUAAAGGGGGUUGUGAGGAUCUCGCGAAUGGGCUUGGCUUGGACAAAUGCCCGGAAACCCCUAAUCGCCCAAGCGCUAUACCCACCCAUGGAAGAAGCGAGGACGGGAAUCUUGUACUGAUUAAGCGCCUGUAGUUAUAACUCAAUAUCCUGGAGUCGAACAUUUAGAAGAAAUAAAAGGACACAGUAAUCAGCUGCUCGUAAAUAUGCUUAGGGGUUGGCAUUGUUGUUGUUCUUCAACAAUAGUUAACUUUUCAUUCCAAAAGC